AUGAGUUCAAAAGAAGAGCAUGAAAGUUCGGUUUUAUUUCAUCGAGUUAGUCAUCCGUUGAAUGAACAUUCGAAACUAACCGAAGAACAAUUAAAUAAAUAUGAAACAUGGAAAACUCAACCAGCCAUGGCACAAAUAAAACUUGAGUUCAUUGAUUUCGAUCACGAAGUUAGAUUAAGUAUUGAACAUUUAAAUGAAAACGAUAAAAAAAUAGCUGCAGAAACCAAUAACAGUGAAACAAAUGAUUCUACAGAACCUAAAAAAAAGAAAUUUAAAGGUCAAAAUCGUAAACAUUUAGAAAUCAAUGCAAAAUCUUCAACUGCCAAUGAAAACAAUCAUCAUUUAUGUUUUUUUGUAGUACGCGGUGGACUUGAUAAAUGUCCAUAUAAAUCCAGUUGCAAACAUUCUCAUGAUUUAAGUAAUUAUCUCACACAACGACCCGCUGAUUUCGAUAAGAAUUGUUAUAUGUUUGAUGUUUAUGGUCAAUGUUUCUACGGUAUCUUAUGUCGUUUCGGCCAAUCUCAUAUUGAUCCAAUCACUGGUCACAAUAAGAUUGUUGCUCGUUUAAAUCAAACUUAUGUUGAAUCCUUAAACAAAUAUCCUCCUUUGCUCAAACAUUUUUUACGAAGAAAAAAAUAUGAUUAUAAAUUAUCGGAUCAUUUAACUAAAAUAGCAAAUAAACUAAUAACGAAAGUUAAUGUUGCUAAAAGAAAUAAUCCAACGGCUGCAGAUGAAAAUCAAGAUGAUAAAGAAAAAGAAGAUCGAUCUUUAGUAGAUAUCUAUUAUUCAGCACUUCCAGUGAAUAAAAAUGCUAAAAAUAACCAGCCGGAUGAAACUGAAAUUCUUCCACCAGACGUUGAUGCCAUUGACGAUGAUCAACAAGCACCACAAGUAUCCCGCCCAAUACCAUUUCGAACUCUGGGUACAAUCACCGAUGUAGAUAUGAUUCGUUUAAAACCUCGUGAAAAAGUUCGCAUUGAUUUUAAUCGUCGUCUUUAUCUUGCACCAUUAACAACAGUUGGCAAUUUACCAUUUCGACGUAUAUGCAAAGAAUAUGGUUGUGAAAUAACUUGCGGUGAAAUGGCAAUGACAACAUCGUUACUUCAAGGGCAAAUGUCCGAAUUUGCGUUGUUACGUCGUCAUCCAAGUGAAACAAUAUUCGGCGUACAACUUUGUGGUUCAUUUGUUGAUACAAUGACACGAACCGUUCAAUUACUUGAAGAAAAUUUUGAUUAUGAUUUUAUUGACUUAAAUUGUGCAUGUCCAAUUGAUCUCGUCUAUAAGAAAGGUGCCGGUUGUGCAUUGACACGGCGAACAAUUGAUUUUGAACGUAUAUGUCGUUCGGUAUCGUGUCUUUCUACACGUCCAAUAACAAUUAAAUUACGUACAGGAAUCAUGACUGGUGAAAAUAAUGCACAUGAAAUUGUUUCAUUAGCUAAAUCAUGGAAAUCCGAUUAUGAUGAUAAUCAUGUUGUUGAUCUGUUUACUUUACAUGGCCGAUCGAAAGAAAUGCGUUAUUCCAAAAGUGCCGAUUGGAAUUAUGUUGAUGAAUGUGCAAAACUGUCAAAUCCCAUUCCAUUCUAUGGUGUUGGCGAUAUUUAUGCAUUUGAAGAUUAUUAUAAACGAUUAGACGAAACCAGUGUUAGUGGUUGUAUGAUAGCACGUGGUGCUUUAAUUAAACCAUGGUUAUUUACUGAAAUAAAAGAACAACGUACAUGGGACAUAUCGGCUGGUGAACGUUUUGAUAUGUUAAAACGUUAUACAAAUUAUGGAUUAGAACAUUGGGGUUCGGAUCAAUCUGGUGUAGAAAAAACUCGACGAUUUUUACUUGAAUGGUUCUCAUUUCUUUAUCGUUAUAUACCUGUUGGUUUACUUGAACGUCUUCCGCAUCGAUUAAACGAACGACCACCAUAUUUCUUUGGUCGAAAUGAUCUUGAAACAUUGAUGUCAUCAAAACUCUGUUCUGAUUGGGUGAAAUUAACUGAACUUUUAUUAGGAAAAGUUUCAUCAGAUUUUCACUUUCUACCAAAACAUAAAGCAAAUGCUUAUGGAUAA